UCAUCAUCAUCCCUAACAGACAUACGCGAGGUCUUUGACCUUUUUGAUUUCUGGGAUGGUAGGGAUGGGUUGGUGGACGCGGCCAAACUCGGAGAUGUGCUGAGGUGCGUCGGUUUGAACCCAACAAACAAACAAAUACUCGACAAUGGCGGAACCAAAAAAUUCGGCGAAAAACAGUACAAAUUCGAAGAAAUUCUGCCCGUCUACAAAUCUCUGAGCGAGGAGAAAGAUGUGGGGACUUUUGCAGAUUUCAUGGAAGCCUUCAAAACUUUCGACCGAGAAGGUCAAGGCUACAUGGCUAUGGCCGAACUGAGGCAAAUUCUCACUAACCUAGGCGAGAGAUUGACAGACUCAGAGGUGGACCUCAUAUUAAGGUACACAAACACUGAAGAAGAUCUAGACGGAAAUGUUAAGUAUGAAGAAUUCAUCAAAAAAGUUAUGGCCGGUCCUGCUCAGAAAUGA